UACCCUUUUUUUUUUUUUAAAACAAUGAGUCUACAAAAUCUGAAUAAUGAUUUUAACUGCUAUACUGGGGUGGUACAAGAGAUGAACUUUUUAACUCCUGCUCCUGCUACUUUUUCUCACCCUAUGGAGAGUGAUACAAGAAACUCUGAAAUGGGGUUUCAGAUUUCAAGCUGUUUGAUGGAACAAAGCAAUAAAUGUUUGAGCUUUGAGCCAUUAGAAAGCAGGGGAACAAAGAGAGCUGCUGCUUGUGAUGGAAACGAUGGGUUUUUGGGUGUUGCAAGAAAGGGACUUUCUUUGAUUUUAGGUGGUGACGAUGAAAGUAAUAAGAGCUCUCGUGGUGCUGGAGGUAGCAAAAAUGGACACACUAAGGUUUGUGCUAGAGGUCAUUGGAGACCAGCUGAAGAUGCUAAGCUGAAGGAACUUGUAGCUCAAUAUGGACCUCAAAAUUGGAACUUGAUAGCUGAACAUCUUGAAGGAAGAUCAGGGAAGAGUUGUAGAUUAAGAUGGUUUAACCAGCUAGAUCCAAGGAUUAACAGGAGAGCUUUUAGCGAGGAAGAAGAGACUAGGCUUUUAGCUGCACAUAGCCUGUAUGGAAACAAAUGGGCAAUGAUUGCUAGACUGUUUCCUGGCAGGACUGAUAAUGCAGUGAAGAACCAUUGGCAUGUGAUCAUGGCUAGGAAACAUAGAGAGCAGUCAAGCAUUUACAGAAGGAGAAAGCCUUCUUCUGCCUCCCAGGCCCUCCCUAAAGGAUUGGAUGUGACUGUUCAAAACAAUGCUUGCAGUGAUCAAUCAACCAUUUCCAGCAACAUAGAUGAAUCUGCCUCUACUUGCACUGAUCUAUCCCUCACUCCCUCGUCAACUAAAGUAGCCCCAGGAUUUUUCAGCAGUUUUAGUCCACUUCACCAAAUGGGUUCAUCAGUGGAAAAAGUUGUGACCAGGGGAAAUGGGGAUUUUGACAAGUUUUAUGGCACUAGCAAUGUAUUUUACCAACAAGGACCAAUGGGAGUGGUUAUGGGUGUGGACCAGCCUGGUCACUCAUCAGAUUCAAAUUCAGAAGUUUCAGCAGCUGAGUCAGUGGGCACAAAUAGGACCAACCACUCCAUUUCUGGGGAAAGUGAAAAUGGAAAUGAGAAGAUCAACAUGCCCUUCAUUGAUUUCCUCGGAGUAGGAGCUUCUUAAAGACUAUGGGGGUUUUUUGUUUUUGGUAAAACUGAAGAGAUCCAGCUGGAAACAGAGGAAAAAAGAGCAAAAUUAGCCAGUUGAAAGCUCCACCCAAUGGGCAAAAAUGUGAGCUUCUGCAGUAGGUCUCAUCACCUCUAUAGUCUUGUAUGUACAGUUUAGUUCCAUAAAUGGUAAAAGAAAGAGAAAACUAUAGCUAAGAAAAAGUAAAAAAAAAAAAAAUGGAGGAGAGAAAGAGAGAGUUCUAAGCAGUAAUGAGUUUAACAAUAUAAUAAAGAAAUCUAAACUUUUAGUUUUGGACUUAUGCAAGUCAGCAGCAGCUAGCGGGCCUUUGUUAUUCUCUCUUGUGAUGUUAGGGCAUUUUGUUUCUUUCUGAACAAUGAAGCAAAAGCCAAAGUUUCCUCUUCA